AGUAUCACCGAAUAGGUCUUCCGUUAUCUGAAUCAAUUAGUGCUGGGGAGAUAUGAUACCUGAUUGAUACCACAACGGAAGAUGAACCGACAUCUAAGAACGUGCUUUGAUUGCUUUAUGACGAUAAUUUAACUGCUGAUGGGCCCCCAUUGGUGGGAUUUUGUAUUGGUCAAGUUCCGCUUUUAAUUGAAGGGUGCGACAUUGACCGCUUAGGCAUUUGGUAUCCGGAACUAGUGGCGAGUGGACGUUAAAUUCAAAGAAACUCAGCAUAUUUAGUAAAAAAUCUGCAUUAGGAUAAUGAAGUUUGUUAUUCUUGGAGUAUUGGCUUGUAGCCAGAUCAUCCUUUCGAGUCCGGUAAACAGCCCUUCGGCAACCAGUGAUGAGACCGCGCAACCCAAAAUCGAGGACGAACUACUCGUCCUGACCGAAUUUAACCAGCUGUUCAACCAGCUGCAUUACGACGUGAACUACAAGCUGCGCAUCUACCGCAUGGACCACUCGCGCGACCUGAAGAACCUCAACGCACAGUUUAUCUCCCGCUAUGCAUUCGUCAUCACCGACAUUCAGCACCGGAAGCAGGAGGCCAAGGACGCCAUUUUGCAGCACGCCCUGGACAUCGGAGACACCCAGAACCCGUGCAUCGUGGAGAAGAACGACGAAGCGAUCCGCCGAGCCACCCAGGCCGCUAGCGACUUAAGUGUGCUGGGGGAAAAGGUCUACGGCGACUUGGCAACAAUCACGAAGGUCUUUUUCUACCCGAUCGUGAAGGGCCAUCAGCAAACUUCAAACGCGCUGCAGCCGACUGUACUCGACAAACUUUCGACGAACAACGCUGUGACGGGACUGCAGCUGUUGCUUGCCGAUUUGGCCUUCAAAUACAUGGCCAACGAGGACAUAGUCGACCAGGUGGUCGCUAGCUUGGACAAAGAGCUGGAGGCUUUCCAGGAAACCAUCAACUCGUUACGCCGUUGGGCUUUCGAGGAAGUUGACGAAAUUGGCCGAAACUAUGUGUUCAACAUGGAGCAACUUAUAACCGAUGCGUUGGCCUGUUAGAUUAAGAUGAAGUGGGACUAUGGUCAAGAUGAUUAGCUCAAUAAAAGUACCAUUUAUAA